CUGGUUUUGGCCUACAGUGGCAGAAUUGAGUACUUGUGAAAGAAAUGGUAUGGCCCGCCUGUAAAACCUACAUAUUUAUUAUCUGGCCCUAACAGAAAAAGUUCGGUAACCCUGCUCUAGAAUAUAACAUCGCAAUAGCACUUAUGAAACCAAAGGGAAAAGUGGCUAGGCAGGCGAAAAUGACAUGUAACACAGCAAACCACAGACAUCAUGAAUCAGAUGCCUAAUCAAUUUCAAAGCCCUCCUUCCUCCAGGUGCUUGAGACACAAGGUAUUACAUUCAUGUGAGACAGAAGUUUAUAGAGAGAAAGGCUAAAGUUGAAAAGACAGGAAAAUUGAUGAACUGAGAAGCUUAUGCCCUACCAAACUUCUCACUCUUUUUCUUAUUUUAUUUUUUAGCCAUGCCAUGCGGGAUCUUAGUUCCUGACCGGGGAUCAAACCUGCGCCCCCUGCAGUGGAAGUGCAGAGUCUCAACCACUGGACUGCCAGGGAAGUCUCCCAGACUUACCGCUCUUGAUUGCCAAUAUUUGCACCAGCUUCUAUGGAAAACAGAAGCAUUCUGGCUUUCUUGGCCUAAGGAUAUUCAGCAUUUCCUUCCUGAAGAGAAAUUGGAAGCUCAUAUGACAGGCAAAGGAGGGCAAAUCUCAACAUGGAGAAGGUCUACAGAGAAAAUGAAGGAAAGCCAGAAAAUGAAGGAAACCCAGACAAUGAGGGAAAGUCAAAAGAUGCAGUAGAUACAGAAGAUGAAGGAAAGUCAGAUGAGGAAGAAAAGCCAGAAGUGGAGGGGAAGUCAGAACAUGAGCAGGAGCUCCAGAAUGAGGGACAGCCAGAAGACGAGGGACAGCCAGAAGAUGAGGGGAAGGGAGAAAAGCAGGGCAAGUCCGAAGCUGAGGGAAAACCACACGGUGAGGGCAAGCUGGAAUCCCAGGCAAAGCCAGAGAGUCAGCCGCGGGCUGCCGAAAAGCGCCCCGCUGAAGACUAUGUGCCCCGGAAAGCAAAAAGAAAAACGGACAGGGGGACGGACGAUUCCCCCAAGGACUAUCAGGACAACUUACAGAAAAGGCAUCUGGGCAGUGAGGAGAUGAUGAGAGAAUGUGCAGAUAUGUCAAGGGCUCAGGAAGAGCUAAGGAAAAGACAGAAAAUAGGUGACUUUCACUGGAUGCAAACAGAUGUACAGGAUCCAUUCACCCAAGGGGCCAACGGGGUGUCAGGGGAAUGA